GCUGGUAUCAGUGUCUUGUAUGUCGAACAGGAAAUCGUCGGUGAUUCUACUCUGGCGAUCGAUAGUGUUCUAUCGGCGGAUGUAGAACGCCAUAAAUUGCUUCAGCGGUUGGGAUAUCUACAAAUCCAGCUUCAUCAAGAUCAAAAUUCGCCUGUCAACAGCUCACAAAAUGCCGAGAUUCUCGAUAUUUAUGCAAAACUGCAGGCAAUUGAGGCAGAUAAAGCACCUGCUCGAGCUGCUAGAGUCUUGCAUGGACUGGGAUUUACUACUGAAAUGCAGUGCCAACCUACUAAAGAGUUUUCCGGUGGUUGGCGAAUGCGUUUGGCUCUGGCGAGUGGACUAUUUGCAAAGCCUGAUCUUCUGUUGUUGGAUGAACCGACCAACAUGCUUGAUAUGCGAGCUAUCAUCUGGCUAGAGGAAUAUCUUAAGGUACACCUGUGA